AUGCGUCAUAGGGGACAAUCGAGAUCGUCGUUGUCAAUUGCUCAGCAGAGACUGUUGUCGCAGUCUAUGGCUGCGAUCAGUUUGGAACAGACGAUGAUUUACUAUGUCGGAGUAGAUGUCGGUACUGGUUCUGCUAGAGCUUGUAUCAUUGAUAACACAGGGAACAUCUUGUCUCUCGCCGAGAAACCUAUCCAGAGAGAGCAGCUGAAGCCCAAUUAUAUCACUCAGUCCUCGCAAGAGAUCUGGCAGGCCAUCUGUCACUGUGUGAAGUCUGUGGUGCGCGAAUCGGGUGUUCCGGUGGAAAAGAUCCAUGGUAUUGGAUUCGAUGCGACUUGUUCAUUGGUUGUGAUCGAUGAUGAAGAGAAGGAGGUUGGCGUGGGGCCGGUUUUUUCGAAUAACGACCAGAACAUUGUGUUGUGGAUGGACCACCGUGCCAUCGCCGAGACUAUCGAGAUUAACGCCACGAAGGAUAAGUGCCUGAAAUACGUUGGAGGUCAGAUGUCUGUGGAGAUGGAAAUACCUAAGAUCAAGUGGUUGAAGAACAAUAUGCCCAAGGAGAAGUUCGACAGAUGCAGGUUCUUUGACCUGGCUGAUUACCUGACCUUCAAAGCUACGAACAAGGACACGCGGUCGUUCUGUUCCACGGUGUGCAAGCAAGGUCUUCUCCCCAUCGGUGUCGAGGGCUCCCAGGAAGGCUGGUCUAGGGAGUUUCUAACUAACAUUGGGCUCGAAGAACUGGUCGAGAACGAUUUUGCCAAGAUUGGUGGUUCUGUGAAGACAAGUGAAGGUCGCAAGGGUCGCAAGUUUCUAAGUGCAGGUGAGUAUGUGGGUGCCUUGGACGAGGAAGCUGCCGUUGAAUUGGGGCUGCCAGAUCAUUGUGUCGUCGGAUCCGGUGUUAUUGACGCCUAUGCUGGCUGGGUCGGUACGGUUGCCGCACAAACUGACAUAGAGCUUCCUGAGUUGGUUAAAUCUGAUCAGACCAAGAAGGGAAUUGAUAGAGCAACAGGCAGAUUGGCCGCUGUCGCGGGCACAUCCACCUGCCACAUCGCUUUAUCGCGUGAUCCAAUUUUUGUCAAUGGUGUCUGGGGCCCGUAUCGAGACGUGAUGGCUCCCGGUUUCUGGUGUGCUGAAGGUGGGCAGAGCUGUACUGGUGCGCUGCUGGCCCACGUCAUGUCUACACACCCAGCAUUUACUGAACUAUCCCAUCUCUCAGAUGCGGCAAAUAUCUCCAAGUUUGACUACCUGAAUUCUAGACUCGAAAGCUUGGUUCAGCAGCGUGGAGAACGUUCCGUGGUGUCUCUUGCCAAGUAUCUAUAUUUCUACGGUGAUUACCACGGGAAUAGGUCGCCGAUCGCCGAUCCAUCCAUGAGAGCUGCUAUCAUAGGCCAGUCGAUGGAUAAUUCGAUCGACGACUUAGCAGUAAUGUAUUUGGGUGCUUGUGAGUUUAUUGCUCAGCAAACCAGGCAGAUUGUGGAGAAGAUGUGCGCGGCCGGCCACGAAAUUUCAUCUAUCUUUAUGUCCGGCGGUCAGUGUCGUAACGGACUGCUCAUGAGGUUGCUCGCAGACUGCACCGGUUUACCAAUCAUCAUUCCAAGAUACAUCGACGCUGCAGUCGUUUUCGGUUCUGCUUUGCUAGGUGCCGUGGCCAGCGAAUCGUUCAACUCACAUCACGUAAAGUCAGACAUCACAAGAAGGAGAAAAUCAUCCCUGACCGAUCCUGAUCCAUCGUUGCUACCCUCUGCUUCGAAAAAAGGUCUAUUCGGCAAGCUGGGUAAAGCGAGACAAGAUCUGCCCUCGCCUUACACCGCUCCACAUGCCACCUCGAGCACAUCGCAAAUUGCCUCCACAACCGGUUCUUUUCCAUUCCCUGUGGUUGGAGAGCGAGGUGAGGCAAUAUCUGAACGCCCGCAGGACGGUGAAGAGGAAGAGCCCAUAUCUUUCAAGCCCGUGAGAGCGCUCAAUCAAGAAAACCUCGCCUCGCAUCCACACAAUAAUGGAGAUGAGCUAUGGAAUGUUAUGUACCAGAUGACCGGAGGUGGUAAAGUCGUUCAACCACGUUCGGAGGAUGAUCCUGAUCGUAUCCUCCUAAACGCCAAGUACAAGAUUUUCCUCGACAUGGCCGACACUCAAAGAAAGUACAGAGAAGCGAUCGACAAGGUGGAACAAGCUCUGAGAGAAUAG